UUAGCCCUACCCCAAAAUUUUUCCACUAUAAUAGGUUGCACAACGAGCACAACGCUUUUAGCAAAGUUUACUUUGAGUGAAUGAAUAUUGAACACCACUCUCAAUAUUCUGUUCCCAUAAAGUCUCAGUGUCCCCAGAUCUCCAAAUGAGCCUUCCAUAAAUUCUGGAUCAAUUCGUCUCUUUCCGGCCAGCAAAGACACCGAGUUUUUGAAGUAAAACCCGAAGUUUAAUUUUCGAGGAUUCACAAAAGGGGGUAGAAAACAAUGGAAACUGUGAAGGUAGAUGCAGGCUCCAUCUUUAGUAGUACCCAAUGGCUAAUAUUGGGAACCCUUCUUACUAUAACAGUUUUUAUUGGCAGACACAUCUGGAAAAUGCGUCAUUUCAUCGAAAAAGCAUCAAGACUACCUGGAAUAAAAGGGGUGGGAUUCUUUGGGAUCGCUCUGGAGCUUCUGCUUUGCCCUGCUGAAGAUACCUUCACCAAAAUCUCCGUCUACUUCGAGAAAAAUUUCGGUUUAUGCAAAUUUUGGUUAGGAAAUAAAUUCAUCGUAGCAGUCAACGAUCCCAAUUAUUUGGAAAAACUUAUUUCUAACAAAGACUGUUGGGAAAAGGAUAAUGUUUAUGACAUACUAAAACCGUACGUUGGUGAAGGGCUGAUCACUGCUCCAGCUGAAAAAUGGAAGAAGAAUAGAAGACUGUUGAAUCCCAGUUUCAAGCAAAAGAUCUUGAAUGGUUUCGUUCCAGUGUUCUGCAAACAUUCUAACAUUUUAAUGGAUAUUCUAGAAAAAGGCGAAGACGAUCCAGAUUUCAAUAUUAACGAGAAGUUGAUGGCCGCUACCUUAGAUACAACAUGUGAUGCAGUUAUGGGUGUGCCUGUGGAUGCACAGACUUCUUCAAGUAGUUUUGGUGUUUGGCUGGACAGUUAUAUGGAAUUCUGUAGUUUGAGACUCACAAGGUUCAUUUAUCGUUCAGACUUCAUUUUUUAUCUGGUUCACGGAACAGUUUUUUCAAAUGUGCUAGCAAACAUCGAAUCCUUUUCAAAAACUGUAUUUGAAAGGCAAAAGCAAAUAUUCAAUCAGGAGAUGAGCGCAAUGAAGGAAGGAACUCAUUCGGUCGAAGAGGAAAAAAGAAAUCCUACAUUUUUGAAACUUCUGCUCGAGGUAUCCUACCAUGGUGGACUACUCAGUGAUCAGGAAAUUCAAGAAGAAAUAAAUACAUUCAUCGCAGCUGCAACAGAUACCAGUGCAUCUGCAUUAUCGUAUUGUUGUCUUCUUCUGGCAAUGCAUCCGGAAUAUCAGCAAAGAGUCUACGAGGAAGCCGUUGGUAUAUUGGGAAAAGAGAGGGACGUAACUUUUUCAGAUAUACCCGAGUUCCAAUUCCUGGAUAUGUGCUUGAAAGAAACUCUCCGUUUAUUUCCAGUAAUUCCCUUCGUAGUGAGAAUUACAUCUGCUGAUAUCGAACUUGAUAAUUAUAUCAUACCAGAAGGAACGUCGCUGCUUUAUUGCAUAUUCGCAACGCAUCGAAGCCCGAAAAAUUGGAAGGAUCCACUCAAGUUUAACCCCUACAGAUUUUCGCCAGAAGAAUCAGCCAAAAUGCAUCCUUAUUCUUAUAUGCCCUUCAUGAAAGGUCCAAGGACAUGCAUAGGUCAGAAAUAUUCUUUUAUGGUAAUGAAAGUGAUGUUGACCAAAGCUAUCAGAAGAUUCCAAUUCAAUACAGAGUACAGAAGCGUAGAAGAGGUAGAACUGAAAUUGAAUUUGGCGAUUAGGCCAAAGCACGGUUUUAAAUUAACUUUGAAACGUAGGGUAUAAACCACUGGCAUUUUUUGUAAAAUAUGAUUUAUACAAUA